ACGUGAGUAACACAAACAAAUUAUUACUACUAGUAGUAGUAUGAUGCUAGAAUCUGAAAUUCCGUGUUCAUUGAAGAUGGUGGUUGAGUUUUCUUAUGGCUUCUAGAAGUAGAAUGUAAGAAAAUCAAAAUGAUAAAAGAUGGCUGGAAUUAAUUCAAAGAAGGAUUUAUACCAUACGGACAAUGAAGAAGCUACCAGAAGCUCUGAAGUGGAUGACGAUAAACAUUUUUCUCAGAGUGAAAUGGAAAUCACUGAUAAAGGGAUGAAUAAAGAUUCAGGUGUAACUGGUGAAGAAGUGACUAUAGGUGAUACAGAAGUGGACAGAGUAGUCACUUCAGAUGAGGAUGUUGAUGCAUCAAAAGUAGAAGUACCGAUACUUCAAGAAUUCUCUCCCUUGACACAUUUACUUGGCACUAUUCCUCUUCAAGCUCAGAGGGGACUGUUUACAAUGGAUAUUAAGUUAACUUGUGUUGAUGCCAUAGAUGAGUUUGUGGUUCUUGGUUCAUCUAUCGGAGUGGUGUUUAUGUAUCACAGAAGGAGAUGUGAAACACGUAAGCUUCGAUGUGAGUUACAGGGAAACAUCAUUCCUGUCACUUGUGUUAAAAUCAUUGCCUCGGUUGAUUACAUGGUUGCUGCUGGAACGAAGGAGGGUUUAGUUUUUGCUUUUCAAUUACCUAGAGAAAAUAAUGAAAAUAAGGUGAGUGUUAUUUGAAUCAGUAAAUCUUUGGUUUAGUUUCUUUUUGUUGCAGC